CGCCUCCUCACCUCCCCAUCUCACCGCCGAUCCCCACCACCCGCGCUCGCCGGCACACACACCCAGCAAUGUCCGCCGCCGCGGCCGCGGCGGGCACCAGCCGCGCCAGCGGCCACUUCCCCGGCCUCUUUGAAAGCAGCGCGUGCUCCACCCCAUUCGUCAGCGCGCCGUCCAGCCCCGCCCGCGACCCGUCGUUCCACAUCGCGCCCCCCGCCGCCGGCUGCUACUUCAGCGCCCCGGCCAGCCCCGCGCGCGGCGGCGCCGGCGGGGGAGAAGAAGAAGAGUUCGACUCCGGCUCCGGCUUCGGCUUCGGGUUCGACUUCGCCUCUCGGUUCCCUUCCCCCGCCAUGUCCUCCGCGGACGAGCUGUUCCACAACGGCCAGAUCCGCCCAAUGCGGCUCUCCUCCUUCCUCCUCCGCCCGCAGCAGCCGCUCCCGGCCCCAACCAGAGACCUCACGGAACCGGCGGCGGCGGACGACGAGCGCGGGCGAUUCGGGAAGAGCCGGUCCGCGCACCGCAGGGCCCGCUCCCUGUCCCCGUUCCGCGGCCCCCGGAAGGUCUCCCCUGCUCGCGCUGCUCCGGCGGGAGAUAAAUCCCCAACAUCGGCUUCACGCUCGUCUUCCUCAUCCUCGAACGCUUCGUCUGCGUCCUCUGCUUCUUCCUCGUCUUCGAGAAGCCACCGCCGGUGGGGGUUCCUGAAGGACCUCAUGCACCGCAACCACAAGUCGGACGACGGGCCUCCAGCGCCCUCGCUGCCGCCAAUGCCGACGGCGCCGGAGAAGAAGAGCCCGGCCCGUGUGGUGGCGGCGGCGGAGGCGAGGCGGGGGAGGAGGAGGAGGUCGGCGCACGAGCGGCUCUACGAGGCGAGGCGGGCGGAGGCGGAGGACAUGCGGCGCCGCACGUUCCUGCCGUACCGGCAGGGGCUCCUCCUCGGCUGCCUUGGGCUCGGCUCCCGCGGCUACGGCGCCAUGCACGGCUUCGCCGCCGCCACCGCCGCCACCGCCAGGUCCAGGUCUUGACGCCUUAAACGCCGCCGCCUCCUCAUCGACUGUAUUAGCUUGAUAGCUUCAGUCUCGGUGUUAAGUAUAAGUAACUUUAUUAAUAGUAAGUACUACGUAUUUGUAUUGUCAAGAAGCCAUGAAUGAACUGGAAAAAGGAAAUGUGACUUUUGUGUAUAGAAAAGGGAUUAUUCGGCUGUUUGAUCUCUGUUCUAGUAAUAAUCUUUGGUGGUGAUCCUUGUUGCUCGUCUGGAACCUUCGGUUCAGAGUUUAUGGCUGUGACAUUAUGGUGGAAGUAGAUAAUAACAGAAAUUCACUUCUCUUUGUUUACUACAUUUUCAAAUAUAUUAUAUUUAGGGUAUAAUUACAAUACUUAAAGGGUAAUUCUUGGUUAGAUCUUGGAGUCUGAUCAUGUUAGCAGUGAGUAAAUAGUACUGAACCAGCUCUUGCAUUGCUCAGGGCUUUGCAGUGACUUAAAGAUAAAUGAGACACAUAUUGGUGGGCGGGCUUCCCCCAAAACCAGGCUGAAAUGACUGAAAACUGAAAGAGCAGUAACAAAAUCAACACAGAACUUUGUUGGUGUUAAAGCGCUGUAAUAAUGCUGCUGUGAACUGCUCCUGCAUUGUUUUUUUUUUAACUUUUAACCAAGGGCAGGGACAAGGUGACAUGAGAUGACAGUUCUUUUUAAUCCUGUUGGCUGUUGCUUCCUGGGUUUAGUAACUCCCAAGACAUAAUCAUAACACCAAGGUGGUGGUAAUGAAUCAAAUCAGAACAGUACUACUAAAUCCACUGCAAUGUUCUUAACUGUUGUUUCUUCCUCUUAACCUUAGUUGGUGAUGGACUGAUGGUUUUUGUACUUUGCUGGCAUCUGGGCUGGAUGUCAAUGGAAGACUUUUGUGUUGCCAGCCUUCAGCACUCAACUGCAAGAGCCCAUUUUUGGCUAGCAAAACCUGAGCAAAGCUGCAGAAAAAGGCUGACAAAAUAGGGGUUCUGUACUGUUCCUCAGUUCAGUUGACCACUUCAUUUAUGUCUGAGGGGAACAGUAAACACUCCCCUUGUUUCUGAAUACAAGAGAUCUGGGAAAUGUGGAUAUGCUUUUGCUUACCCCUUUUCACUGGUCAUUUCUGGGGGCGAGAGAAUAGGGAGGGAGACAUGUCACUGGAAAUCUGGAAGCACAGUGUGGAUGAGAUGAGAUGAUAUGAGAUGCAGGAUAGGAGGACGAAAGGUGUGCUGAGUGAACUGUGGACCGCGGAUGUUCUGAUCUCUGAAGAAAUUCUCAUGAAAAACUAGAAGAGAAUUCAGAAGCUGUUGGCUUUGAUCUUUGGAGCGCACUUUGACAGAAGAAACAUUUCCUUCUCUUUUUUUUGCUUCUUCAGAACCACAGGCAGUGAUUAUCAUGCAAGAUGGCCAACCAAAUCAUGGUACUUGGAUGGUUUGUUUUAUCACUACGUUGAUGACGCCCCUUCAGGGUUUUUACCUGAAGACCGGUGGCCACUUUUGACCGAGAAAAGAAGCCGCCUUCGGUUGCAUGCUUUGUAUCAUGACAGCAACCUUAAAAUGCCCAAAUUAUUCAUCACUAUAUAUAUAAAAAAGAUCCCCACAUUGUUCA